AUGACACCACCGGAGAUAUUCUACAAUGACGAUGAAGCUCUUAAAUACGCCUCAUAUUCUCGUAUAAUUGAGAUUCGGGCGAAACAUUCAGAGAGAGCACAGGAGCUUCUUGCAAUGCCCAGAUUAUUGCUUGAUAUUUGUUGCAAAUCAGGACUUAGCGGGGGGACAUUGACAAACAAUGGGCACCAAUGGAUUGGCUUAGAUAUGUCACAAUCAAUGUUGGAUGUUGCAUUGGAGCGUGAAGUUGAGGGUGACCUUGUUCUUGGUGACAUGGGCCCAGGCCCAGGUCUUCGACCUGGGGUUAUUGAUGGUGCCAUAAGUAUUUCAGCUGUUCAGGUUUGA